GCGCCUAGUUCACAGUUCAGUGUAUUUGUUCGAACGCUUCAAAUGUGUUUCUCAUUCUUGGUGUCUCUCCAUCUUUUUUUAUUCAAUUUAUUUGGUGUAUUUUAACAAACGGCACAACAGCACACAACGCGUCAUACAUUUGUGUAGCGUAAUAAGAGCAGCCAUAUUAAAGUGAGACAAAAGAUUUUUCUACAGAAAAACGAAAUAAAAAAUCAUUUCAUUUCUUAAUUAGCAAUUGCUAGUUAAGUACUUGGCUAAUGAAAAAUAAGACAUCAUAAUGUUGACACCGACAUCGCAGGGUCAUACCAGUACGGUUAAUUUGGCCCAAUUAACCGACGACACCAAAACAUGCUACAUCGCGCCAUCGUUUGGCUAUGCAAAUUAUGCAUUGGUUAACCAAAUGCCAAUCGGUCAAAGUAAUAAUGCUUCGACAGUUGCCGGAAUUGCAACAGUGGACAGCAAUGGCCGCAUUCAAGUGGUUAAUAAGCCCAUCACAAACACAAUCUCCAACAUUAGUUUCAAGUGUGAUGUAUGCGGGCUUAUGUUCUCACAUUUGACACUAUUAAAUCAUCACAAACGAAUUCACACACAAGACGGUACGGAUGGAACAAACGAUCAACAAAUUACUGUGGUUACACAGCAGGCUGGUCAAAAUUUAGUACAAGCCAUGGAUCAACAAGUACAAGGGGCAGACCAUCAGCAGCAGCACCACCAUCACCAGCAACAGCAUCAUCAACAGCAGCAGCAACACCAUCAGCAACACCAUUCGGCUCAACAGCAACAUCAUGCCCAGCAACAACACCAUCAACAGCCACAGCAUCAAACACAUAUAAAAAUCGAUAAAACCAUAAAGUGUAUAACAUGUGGUGGUCCGGUGCAACAGAAUCCCAAACGAAAGGGACCAAAAUUGAUACGUUGCGAAAAUUGUAUUAAUAAUGAUGUGUCUUCGAUUAUGACACAACAGCGUCAAACACAAAUUUUUGUUGCACCCGAUGGUGAUGUUAAAUUCGAAAUGAAUCCGGAUGCCAUGGAUGUAAUCAACGCACAAAAUGUUGUUGGAAUUGGUCAAGCCGGUUCGUCACAUCAACAUGCAUUGAAACAGCCGAAAAUCGAACAAAAUGCCGCCGGCACAUCAAAUCAAGCUGGCUACUAUCCGGUUAAAAAGCGUAAUAUGGCAGCCGUCACAAAGUGUCACAAAUGCAACGGUUCCGGUGUAAUAUUCAUCGGUGGGCAUAAAAAUUCGAAAGUACCGCCACAGGAAAAGCCUUUCCAUUGUAAUAUAUGCGGUGGAUCAUUCUCGCGGUAUUCAAGUUUAUGGUCACAUAAAAAAUUGCACAGCGGCGAAAAGAAUUACAAAUGUGCUAUUUGUGGGCUUGCAUUUGCCAAAGCUGUUUACUUAAAGAACCAUUCACGUAUCCAUACAGGAGAGAAGCCAUACAAAUGUCAAACUUGUGGUAUGCAGUUUUCUCAAUCGCCACACCUGAAAAACCAUGAACGUACGCACAGCGGUGAAAAACCAUAUGUCUGUGAAGUGUGUGACAAAGGAUUCGCUCGCCAUGCAACUUUGUGGAAUCAUCGUCGCAUUCAUACCGGCGAGAAACCAUACAAAUGUGAAACUUGUGGUUCAGCCUUCAGUCAGGCGGCUCAUUUGAAAAAUCAUGCCAAGGUACACAGCGGAGAAAAACCAUUUAAAUGCGAAAUUUGCACAGCCGCUUUUGCUGAUCGUUUUGCAUUGAAGAGGCAUCGAAGAAUCCAUGAAAAAUAUGGUCAAACGGCCCCACGUCAACCAGCAGUCAAUCCAGAUGAACAGAUGAUCGUUCAUAAAGAAGAAAUUUUAGAUCCAGAAGAUAAUGAAGAAAAUCAACAAGUCGUUUUAGCUGGCAUUUAAACAUAUUGUCACCACAUACAAUAAUAUAACUAAAUCUAACCACUUUGCGAAUGCCCUGACACUUGAUCAAAAAGAAAAGAAACAACUUUAAAAAUGAUGAAACUAAAAUUUACUACAUCCAUGCGAUAGUAAAUGAUAAGAUUUUUUUAACAAUACAUGUUAAGUGAACAAAACGCAUUAGAAGAUGUAGUACAUGUUUUUCGGCGAAGCGAAAACGAGGAUAAUAAACAAAAGAUUUACACAAAUUAAUGGGCUAAAAUCCAUAGAUCUAUAUACUGUAUAUUAGUGUACUAGUAUACAACAGUAAAUAGUAUUAAGAACUUUCUAAAAACAAACCAUCAACACACACAAAAAAAAUAUUGUUAUUUUAAGGAAUUGGUGUAACAUUGUUUAAAACAUACAAACGAUGAUUUUUUUUUAUUAAUUCGAUACUUGAAAUUCAAGUAUCAUCAAUUGAAAGUAGAAAAGUAUAAAGAUAGGCAGGUGGAACAUGUGCGAAUCAGAUCUAUGAGACAAGAAUAUUUUAACAUGGUUUUAUUUUAAUUAUUUUUUGCUUCUUCUUUCAUAUAUUUUCUGUAAAAACAAGUACAUACAUACACAUACAAAAACAAACAAACACACAUAAGGGACAAGCAAACACACACAUACACACACACACACAAUAAUAAGUUUGAGUUUGUACAAAUGGUAAUAUUUAGUAUGCACCAACACAAUUAUAAUUCAUC